AUGGGAGAGGUUACCGGCGUCUCGGCAGAGGUGGAGAUCAACAGUUAUCUGCAGAACCUGUUAAGUGAUUACCCGGACUUACCACUGGUUUCGCCCGGCGCAACCAAUCCUUUCUGGCUGGCAGCAGAGAACUUGUUGCCCCAUCCACGUUCAGACAUUCAUGGUAUCUCCACUUCUGAGAGCAUGUCCAAUAAGCACAUUGAGGAGUUGCCUGCCCCGGAGCGGACAGGCGAAUCGGUGCGGUCCCGAUUAGCAGAACAGACCGAUGAGAGAGUCCCCCCGAGCUAUCGCGAUCCGUCGGUGGUGGCGGGUUACACACAUACCGCCGCCUUGAAGAUAAUCGAGUCCUUGGAAGAGCAGCUCCCGAUCUCCCGGGUCCCAAUCGACCAAGCGAUGCGGCUAAACCGGCAAGCCAUGGCAAAGGUACGGGAAGUGAGCAAUACCGACGAAUUUCGACGUUGCCAGAGAUGUCCGCUCUUGGUGGCAACUGUCCUAGAUCUGGUCGUGGGGCUGUAUGAACUCGUGCUCCUCUCCAUUCAGCGGCCUGCGAGCGAGGGUGACACUGUGUCCUUGGCCGAUCAGAAUAAUUUGCCCUGGCCACAGAGUCCCUUUCAGCAGCGGGCUAGGACAGGUGAGAUGCCGAGGGGGGGGGUCGAGUCCCGGAUCGGCCAUCAGCGACGGGUCGGAGCCCCCGCUUUUCCAGUUUGGACGCCUUGA